UUUUUUUUUCAUUUUUUUCUUUUUACCGCGUGUUUUACUAUAUUCAAGUUCAUUCACAUUCUCUGUCUCUCUAACUCCAUCCAUCCACCUUUCCACCCUUCCUUCUUUUCAUCCAUUCUUCUAUCUAUCUCUCUGUUCAUCCUGGUCCAUUCUCCAUCACCUUUCAUCCAAACAGACAAGAAGCCUCCAGACUUCAGUUUCGAUAAGCAACGCUAGAGAGUGGUAGAGCAAGCAUCAAUACUGAGAGGGUGUUGCAUCAGACAGGAGCCACGCGCCCUCGAGACGGACCUGCUGCUAAAGCGUCUUUACGUGUAUUUUGAUAUCAGUGUUAGAGGAGCGUGUCAAUAACCGCAGGUCCCCGGUUGUAUCACUACAUCAUGGAGCUUGAGAUGGUGAACGGCCAUUGUGAGAAAAUGGUCGAGGAGAAUGGGUCUGAUGACCUGGAGAUCACGCCUGAAAGAGAAGAGUUCCUACCCAAGAAGACUGAUGGGAAGCCAGUAACUGAUGGGAAGUUUACAGACUUUGUGGGGAAAACAUCAUUUGGGAUGUCCAUCUUCAAUCUCAGUAAUGCCAUCAUGGGCAGUGGUAUUCUGGGUCUAGCAUAUGCCAUGUCCAACACUGGCAUCAUCCUCUUUCUAAUUCUAAUCAUCCUUAUAGCUAUUCUGUCUGCGUACUCCAUCCACCUGCUGCUGAAGUGUGCUGGAGUGGUCGGGAUUCGUGCUUAUGAACAGUUGGGUUUCCGUGCAUUUGGAAAAGUAGGCAAAUACAUAGCAGGUUGCACUAUAACCAUUCAUAACAUCGGAGCCAUGUCCAGCUACCUCUUUAUUGUAAAGAUGGAGUUGCCGGCUGUUAUAAUAGGCCUGUUGAACCAAGAGACACCUUCAGCGUGGUAUGUGAAUGGAAGCUAUCUCAUCAUCAUCGUCAGUGUCUGUGUAAUCUUACCCCUUGCCCUCAUGCGCCAUCUUGGGUAUCUUGGUUAUACCAGUGGCUUCUCGCUCACAUGCAUGUUUUUCUUCCUCAUAUCUGUCAUUUAUAAGAAGUUUGUCACUGCGUGUUCAUUGGAACACUCCAGCAUUAUUAGCACCACAACUACACCACUUCUUAACACUACAUUGUCCCCUGAGGAUUUUACACAUAACAACACCUGCGAGGCGAAAAUGGCCACUCUUACGCCACAGGCUGCGUAUACCAUUCCCAUUCUGGCUUUUGCUUUUGUGUGUCACCCUGAAGUGCUGCCAAUCUACACAGAACUGAAAAAUCCAACUAAGCAGCGCAUGCAGAAAGUGGCUAACAUCUCCAUACUGGCCAUGUUCAUUAUGUACCUACUAACUGCCAUCUUUGGCUACCUUACUUUCUAUGGCAAUGUGAAAGAUGAACUCCUAAAGAGUUACCCCACUGAUGACAAAUUGAUGCUGUGUGUGCGUCUGGCAGUGCUGGUGGCUGUCACCCUGACUGUGCCUGUUGUUCUCUUCCCGAUCCGCCGUGCUGUGCAGCAGCUAAUUUUCCCUGAUAAACCUUUCCACUGGGCUCGCCACAUUGCCAUCGCUGUAGUUCUCCUCAUCUUCGUUAACAUACUUGUCAUCUUUGUCCCUGACAUCAGAGAGAUCUUUGGUGUCAUCGGAGCAACAACAGCACCCAGUCUUAUUUUCAUACUGCCUGGAAUAUUCUAUAUCCGCAUCGUACCUGAAGAACAGGAGUCACUGAAAUCUCGGUCAAAAAUCCAGGCAGCGAUUUUUGCAACUUUGGGUUUCAUGUUUAUGGUGAUGAGCAUUACCUCUAUCAUCAUACAGUGGGUUACAGGGGGCAACAGAGUAGGAGGACACUAACAGACCUCAGGAUGCACACUAAAGCACACACACUUUCCAUCACUUACCAUCAAACACAUGGACCUCAAUAACUGAGCAUUGUGCAGCUUGCAGUGAGUCAUGCGCUGUGAAUACUAUAAAAAAGAUGUGUCAUAUUAGAAUCUACUAUAAAUACUGGACAUAAUGCCUGCCAGAUGGAUGAGUGGAUGGACAGAACGAAUAUCAUUAUUCCAGGAACUCUCAAAUAUUUUACAAGUGUAUAGUAGUGUAACAGGAUUUACUGUGAUAAGCAACAUCUUGACAGUGCUCUACUUUACCUGGAAGUUUUUAAGAGCAGUUUGUCAUACUGCUUGCGAAAUUAUAGAAAGACAUCUUAAGAGGUUGUUUUGAUUGAAUCUGUGUAUUUAUUUGUUGUAAAAAAAAAAAAAACUUAAAGAGUGAACAGCGGAUAUUUAUAUGUAUGUGUGUGUGUUUUACGGUACAUCUUGAUGAUGCAAAAAGGCUACAAACCGAUUAGGAACUGUUUCAUUAAUACAGUGCAUGCAGCUGGAUUUUUCUAUUUACACAAAAUUAUGUCCUGACACAAUUAGAAAAGUUACAGUAAUUUCCAUAAAUGCUGUUUUUUUACUGAUACAAAUUACUCUUACACUUUUACACCUCAUUUCUUUUUAUAUCAGUGGAUUAUUAUUAUUUUUUUUUACUACAAUGCAGAAUACAAAUUUCCUUGUUUGAUGUCUAAUGAUUAAAUUUUUUUGCAUGCUAAAAGAAUGCACAAUUUUCAAUCUGGUUUCACCUAAAUGUUAAAUAGACAAAUCAGGGAAAUUUAUAGUACAUUUAAUAAUUAAUUGAUUGGACUUAUGUUUGUGCUGGAUAGCAUACAACGGCAAAACAACUUGGACAAAUGUAUUAUUCACUGUGUAUGGAGUUAUUACACUCCUGUAAAAAAAAAAAAAAAAGUGUGCACUUUUCUUUGUCAGCUCCUGGUUAUUUUGUCAACACACACUGAAUUUUCACGCCUUUGUGUAUGUUUAGUUUUUCUAUAUAACCAGUUUUUGAAGUGCUGUAUACUAUAGGCCAUGUGAACAGUAUUGACACAUUCAACCAAAGUGUGGCCAAAUGUUUGAAGUAAAAAUGAGAUUUUAUAUAAAUUUUGUAUAGACCUUUGACAACAUGAACCAAACUGUAUUUGUGUAAAAUCUAAACUUAAAAAAAUUGUUGUUUGUAAAUAUUUUUCAUGCUGGAAUUACAUUUUGUAUUUAAAAAUUUCUGGAAUUUUUUUUUUUUCCAAAACAAAAUAUUAAUUUAGACACAAAGUGUCUAAAGCAAAGUCAUAUACAGUUAUGUGAAUAUUAAUGUCGAUAUUUAAAUUUAUUUGGGGGCAAAAAAGGUCUUAUGUGUAGUUAGUUAUUGUCCAUUGCCUUUUUGUUCAAUAAAGAUAAAAAAAAGCUUUA